GGUUUGAGCAGGGAUCUCAACUCAAACUCACCACAAGGGAACUGUCCAACUAAGGGGAAAAAAAAGAGAAAGCUGCAGGAAAUCUGAUGUGAGGGAAGGACUGGAAUCUCUGCAGGAGUUGAGUGAAGAGGGUUUGACUUAACACACACACUGUGUGUAUGUGUGUGUUUUUUUUCCUGACCUCCAUCCUUCUCCUCUCAACAUGGUCAAUGAUCGAUGGAAAACUAUGAACAGCUCCUCACAGCUGGAAGACAAUCCCCAGCAAAAGGUGCAGAAGCUGAGCUGUGGCUACACGGUGUGUAUGGUGCUGCUGUUUCUGGUAGUGCUUGUGGCUGUCACGGUCACAGGGACAAUCCUCUUCAUGAACCAUUACUACCACGGCCCCACGACAGACAGCCCGCCGCUCAUCAGCACCAACGAGGGAAGCUCCCAAGCCCUGGUCACCGUCGACAAAGCCGACGGAUCCGAGAUCAAAAUCUUCCUCGAGCCCAAUUGCCCCGACUUUGGCAGUAAUUUUGUGCGUCUGGAGGCCAUCCAGUCGUCUCUGCUCAGCGCCGUGUCCGGUCGCGACGAGGAAGCGAAGCAGCUGAGCGGGGAAGACAGAGCACUGCUGGUCACCCUGACUGAUCAGCUCGCUAAGCUGUCCGCUCACACCGCCCAACUGAAGCAGGAUUGCGAGGCCUUGAAACAGGGUCACAGCAGCUUGAGUGAGGAACUGGGUUCACUGCAGUCAGAGCAGGGCAGGUUAAUUCAGCUGCUCUCCGAGAGCCAGGUCAACUUGGUGAAGGUGGUGGGCUCGGUGAGCGAUGCACUGGACACUCUCCAGAAAGAACAGGGAGCCAUGAAGUUCCGUCUAAAAGCCGACCUGGUGAAAGGACCCGUCAAGUUGAGACCCAAGAGCUGUUGGAACGGAUCUCGCCCUCGAGACUGUUAUGACAUCUACAUCAAUGGACAGAAGGAGAACGGAAUCUAUUCCAUUUUUCCUACCCACUAUCCCGAAGGCUUCCGGGUCUUUUGCGAUAUGAGCUCUGAUCGGGGAGGCUGGACAGUAUUCCAACGGCGGAAAGAUGGAUCCGUGAAUUUUUUCCGUGGAUGGGAUGCCUAUAACGAUGGUUUUGGGAAGAUUACAGGAGAACAUUGGCUUGGUUUGAAGAGAAUCCACGCUCUAACCAUCCAGUCAAACUACGAGCUGCGCAUAGACAUGGAGGAUUUUGAGAAUGACACAUCCUAUGCUCACUAUGGAAUAUUCGGAGUGGGGCUGUUCUCUGUAGACCCUGAACUCGAUGGCUAUCCGUUGACUGUCACAGACUACUCUGGAACUGCAGGGGAUUCUCUUCUGAAGCACAACGGGAUGAAAUUCACCACCAAGGACAGGGACAAUGAUCACUCGGAGAACAACUGUGCCACGUUCUACCACGGCGCCUGGUGGUAUCGUAACUGCCACACCUCCAACCUCAACGGCCAGUACCUGCGAGGCCACCACACCUCGUACGCCAAUGGGAUCGAGUGGUCCUCUUGGACUGGCUGGCAGUACUCGCUUAAGUUCGUUGAAAUGAAGAUCAGGCCCACCAAAUGAAGACGAAACCUUGGCCAAUCCUUGUUUGGCUCAGGAACGUGUCUCUUCCUCCCUGGAACGGGAACUCAUUGUCGCGACAGCAGUGAAUCCUUCACACAGAAACACACGCUGGCUGGCGAUUAUAAUUGGUACUUUAGGAACUUUUCCGGCAGAGAGGGGGGAAAGAAAAAGGGUGUAAGUGAAUACGGGCCAUCAACUCCUCCAGAAAGGACAUAUAUUUUAUAUACGUGUGUGUGUCCAUCUGUGUUCUUUGUGUUGCUGUGGUGAAUAUUGAAGGAUGGAUUGCUCGAAAUGUCCAUCUGACCCUUUGAAGCUUUCCUAUCCCCUUUAGUUUUAACCCCUCCUGGAUUGGAAAUCCGAUGAAUCCUUUGCUUCCUCUUUUGGGACUUCAGGGGUUUUUCAGAGGGAAGAAAAACCUAGUGCACAUUCGUGUUUUUAUAUAUAUAUAUAUAUUGUGAUGAGUGUUGAAUAAUUAACAAACUAACCACCUCUCCUCCCCACCCCCUCUUCCUACUUAUCCUCUCCCAUUGACAUCCUAGGAGCCAUUUAAUUAAACCUUUCCCUCGGGCAAUUUUUCAUGUCACUGAAGUUACACUGAAGUUUCCGGUGAUGUGCUUAAAUUCUCAUUGGUGCAAAGUAAUUUCAUUCACCAACAACAAUGACUCACAUUUAUAUUAUGCCCUAAAUGUGGGAUAACAUAUCAGAGCACUGAAAUUCAUAAUCUGAUGCAAGUUUCUAAUCCUGCUUCAAACCUUUUAUUGAACUGCUGCACGUUAAUCCUAUAUCUUCUUUGCUUACAAACAGACUGGGUGAUUCAUCUGUUGCACAAGAAGGGGAGCAAGCACAGACCGGUAAAUCAGAUUAUGUGGUUUAAUACCACACACAAAGCACCUUGUUCACCACAGACUGUGAGACUGACAGAGAAAGGCUUCCGAUUGGAUUUGGUUUAAAGGGAAGCUGUUCCUCCAGUUCAUGCUCACUUCCAAAUCAACAUUUGUUUUUAAUGUUUUAGAGAAUAAUGUCUGUGUUAUUUCCAUGUACAAAGUAAGUGAAUGUUGUAUUUCUUUCUCUGAAUUCUGCUGUGUCUUUAUGGUUUGUGUUACAUGUGGACCUGUAUCAAAUGUUAAGCAGGUUCAGCUACCUGUUUUACUUGACGAGCACACCAGAGACUUGAAAUUCUCAGUGGCUGUUUAUGAGACAUCGCUAUGAGUAAAUUGACUACUGUGUUCGCCCACUCAAAAAAAUGCAGUCACUCCACUACACAGUAUAACCCAUG